UUAAAUGAUUUGUUUGAUAUUUUUCAGGUCGAAAACAACGAAUAAAAGACAGCAAACCAUUUUAAUAAACCUAAUGGAAGCAAGCCCCGAUAUUGCGCGCGGGUUCCACAGAGGCAACAAAGAGGAGGUUGCCCGUUUCUGGCGGAACGGAGAAAUGGAGUUAAACUCUGUAGACCCACCGAUAAAAAACAUUACUGAGUGGAAAAGGGUUUGGACAGACCAAAAAAAGUAUGUGCGUCACAAGGCUGCCGAAAAUUUGAAACACUCGAGAGGCACUGGAGGUGGUCCGAAUGUGCAAAAACCAUUUUCCCCCAUCGAAGAGGCAAUAUAUAACCUCAUUGGCAUGAAAGAGUCCGUUGAGGGAGUGCCGGCGAAAACUUUUGGAUUGGCGAGUUCUGAUGUGGCUCAAGUAAAUGAGGUGCCAGAGGGGGGUGAAUUAUGUUCCGAGGACUUGGAGGUAAUUUGGGCUGAGAAAUACCCAGCAACAGUAGAAGAAAGUCCGCCAGUGCUCACUGGUUUUGAUUAUGUAUUACCAGCAGCUCCAAAAAGAGCUAGUAAUCCGACUGUAAAGGCGGUGGCGAAAAAUGCUACAAAAGUCGUUGAAGCAGAACUGGCAAUUCAACGAGACAUGUUGGAAAAGGUAACAAAUAUAGUUACUCUCAUGACAGAGCGCAAUGAGGCAGAUAAAAAGCAUUUCGAGGCGAUGAAAGCUCUAAAGAGAGAGGAAAUCGAUGAAAUGCAUCGACAUAAUGAUCUCUUAGAAGAGUUAUUAAGGCUAAAUAUUUAAGUCAAAUGUUUAAAGAAUG